UCUCUGCUGUCAGUAUUCAGUGGGAGGGUAAGUUAGACAGCAGCAGCCUCGAAGCUAAAACCAACGUGACAGACUGGAGUCCUAAUAACACCACCCGAACCAAGAGCAGCAGCUACAGAAACCCUGAUACUGUAUAUGGAGACUACCAGUUGUCAUUUGUCGACUGCUGCAUAAGGAUAGCGAUUCAACCGGCUCGACAGCAGCGAACGCAAACCGCAGUGGAUGUUGUUGCAUUGUUCAAGUGAAAGGAAGAAAAUCGUUGGUUUGCAGCGGAUCCGCGUGCAGUCGACCGGAACCGGACUCAGUUUGUGAUUUGUCAUGAUGUUUUAUCAUGGGAUACAUCGUUACGCUGGAUACCGAUUUCAUUAGAGUAAUUGCAUCGCGUUGGAUUCAACAGCCCCGUGUUGAACUUGGCCUGUCGAGCAAACAGUACGAUGAACGCGUAGCUGUGCUAAAUCUAUGGAAUUUAUAUUUUCAUGACCAUUCGGUUUUAUAGCCUGGAUUCUUUUUGUCUCUAUUAUAAUUAUUUGGCUAUUGCCGCUCUUAAAUUAUUCGCUCGGCCAACUGCAGCUGUCGCUUUGUCUACAUCAGAGGGGAAUGGAUAUGACGAUACGAAAGUAAAUCUGGACCUGGUUUUUGGUUUCGAAGCCAGGUUUCCUGCACUCUAAAGGUCUGAAGAACAUCAAGGCUCUUGCCCUUUUCCCUCUUGUGGUCCCUUAUGCCCAAUGACGGCUGUCUCCGGGUCACUGCAGGAUGGAUGAAGUGGAUUUGACAGUUUUUGUCUGUCACCAUCAGUGCUUGCCUCUCAGUGACUGUGUCUUGUUCUUUUACGUUUAUAAAAGAACACCUCCUCUCUUGGGCUCUGGCCCUUUACACUGUAAGAGUAACUGUUAGUAAGGAAUACCUCACGGAGGGGGCCUUCCUGCAAACUCUGUGGUUCACGUGAGCUUUUUUUUUCCAUAGGCUUUUUGUGCACAGUCAAAGCAGGAAGAGGACAUUUUUGCAAAAGUCAAGGUUUACAAGUUUUUUCAUAAUAAUUUAUUUAUACAUUUAAGAUUUUUUUUUUUCCUGGAGAGAUGUCGUCAGAAAAUCCUAACAAGGUGGUGACCUUCUUGGCACCUCCACCUCCAAAGAAUGUGAAUGGCUCCGGUUCGGACUCACUGGUGGGUGAGAAGCUAGACACGGAGGUCAGAAAGCGACGCCACACCAUGGAUAAAGAUCUGAAGACGGCUGAGCACAGAUUUUUUAGGCGUAGCGUCAUCUGUGACUCCAAUGCUACAGCCCUCGACUUGCCCAGCAAAGCCUGCACCUCGCAUCCAGACUGCGAGCAGUUUGUCGUGCCUGUGGUGCUUAGUUUGGCCCCUGAUGUAACCAUUGACACACAAUCGGGUGUUUCGGGUAUAGUAGUGGAAGAACAUGCAGAGGAUGGAAGAGGCGCUGGGGUUGAUGGGAUUGUAGAGGUACAGAGCCCAUCUGUGCUGGAUGUGGGUGCGAGGCAGGCUGAGGCCCUUGGGACGGCGGAGACGGUGCCCAGCGACGUGGGCGACAAGGAGCAGGAGAUCGGAGUAACAGACAAACGUGAGGAGGAAGAGAGAGGUGUGGCGAAGGCCCGUGCUGAAGCUGAGCAGAGGGAGGCUGAGAAAAAGGUUCAGGAUGACAUAGAAGAAGUGGAGACCAAAGCUGUGGGCACCUCACCCGAUGGCCGUUUCCUCAAAUUUGAUAUCGAGAUUGGACGUGGCUCAUUCAAAACUGUCUACAAGGGCUUGGACACGGAGACAACGGUGGAGGUAGCGUGGUGUGAACUUCAGGAUCGGAAGCUGUCAAAAUCUGAGCGGCAGCGCUUCAAGGAAGAGGCCGGCAUGUUGAAGGGCCUGCAACACCCAAACAUUGUGCGUUUUUACGACUCAUGGGAGUCGCCUUCCAAAGGCCGCAAGUGCAUUGUGCUGGUGACGGAGCUCAUGACGUCAGGAACCCUAAAAACGUAUCUGAAGCGCUUCAAGGUGAUGAAGAUAAAGGUGUUGCGGAGCUGGUGCCGACAAAUCCUCAAGGGCCUGCACUUCCUCCACACCAGAGCUCCUCCCAUCAUUCACCGGGACCUUAAGUGUGACAACAUCUUCAUCACCGGACCCACCGGCUCCGUUAAGAUCGGCGAUCUGGGUUUGGCCACCCUCAAGCGCUCUUCAUUCGCUAAAAGUGUCAUAGGUACCCCUGAGUUCAUGGCGCCUGAGAUGUACGAGGAAAAAUACGACGAGUUGGUGGAUGUGUACGCCUUUGGAAUGUGCAUGCUGGAGAUGGCAACCUCUGAGUACCCGUACUCCGAGUGUCAGAACCCCGCUCAAAUCUAUCGCAGAGUCACCAGUGGAGUUAAACCUGGCAGUUUCGACAAAGUAGCCAUUCCAGAGGUGAAAGAGAUCAUUGAGGGAUGUAUUCAGCAAAACAAAGAUGAAAGAUACGCCAUCAAGGACCUUUUGAACCAUGCCUUCUUCCAGGAGGAGACUGGGGUGCGGGUGGAGCUGGCUGAGGAAGAUGAUGGGGAGAUGAUCGCCAUCAAGCUCUGGUUGCGCAUUGAAGAUGUCAAGAAACUGAAAGGCAAAUACAAAGACAAUGAAGCCAUUGAGUUCUCUUUCGACCUCCAUCGAGAUGUCCCAGAAGAUGUGGCUCAGGAAAUGGUUGAGUCGGGCUAUGUUUGCGAGGGUGACCACAAAACCAUGGCGAAGGCCAUCAGGGACCGUGUGUCUCUGAUCUGCCGCAAACGAGAGCAACGGCAGCAGGUGCGAGCAGAGCAAGAGAAACGCAAGCAAGAGGAAGAGCAGAAGCAGUUGUCCAGCGAGUCGUUGAAGAACGUGGUCGGCCCUCAAGGAACUCAAGGUUCUGCGCAGAGUCAGUGCGGUUCCCAGCCUCCAACUCCUGGCUUUGUCCAGCCCGAGUGUGAGGAGCCCGAUGCAGACCAGCAGCUUCAGUACAUGCAAAGUGGAAUGACCUCGGCUGACGUGACGCUUGAGAGUGGUCAGGGUUCAUCUGUGUUCUCAGAACCUCACCUCAGCCAGCUAAGCAUGUCGUUUAGUUCUCCUGCAACGUCGCAACAGCAGCAGGUGCCUGGACAGGGCGCCUACCCUCCCAGCUCUCAAGCUCCCCAACAGCACACCGGAUACCCCCAGCAGCCCAUGCCACAAUCAGUGAGUCAGCCGUACGGUGGAGGAGGCUCAGGUCUGGUCGAGCCCCCGCUCUUUUUCCCCACCAUCCCGGAACGGCCCGUCUCAUUCUCCCCUCCGCCAUCUUGCACGCCUAAAGCUUUUAAUGUCCAGAGACGCAAGAGCACCUCCAUCCUAGAGGCCCACACUCGUCACUUCCAGCCCGCCUUCCACCGUAGCUACGGCAGCAGCCUGCACCCGUUCUCUGGCGUGGAGGCCCUUGGUGUCGGCGUCGAACCCGCCCUGUUCAUGAUGCCCGGGAUAGCAGCUCAAAGAUUGGCUGAGCCACUCCACUUACAGCCCCCAGCGGAGUCGCUAUAUGGAUAUAAGGAUAUGAGGGCUGAGCAAGAGGAAACUGUACGCAGACUCAGCCUCAACCAGGCUGCAUUAAUGGACCAUCUUGAAGCCAUGGCCUACGGUGGCUACCCUAUGACUGCACAUCAGAUAAGCCAGAUCACCUUCCAUCAGCAAAUGCAAGCUGCUGCCGCCAGCUUGGCAUAUGAGACUCAGUCACAGCCUGGGACAGCUUACCUACACCCUCAUGUCCAAAGCCACAUGCGCUUAACCCACAGCCCUAUUCCGCAACUACCUACCAUGAGUGUGUCUAGCUCCGCCUCUGCGCCCCAGCAAACCGCACCUGCAGAUCCAGGCUAUCAGCCCCACUCGUUUCCCCAUUCCGCACCACCUGUGCUGGCUCAUGCAUCCGAGCCGAGCACCACCUUUGAAUUCCAAAUGCACAACCUACAGGCUGACCCAGCAAUGUUGGCAUCAAGACUCUACCGAGCCCGUAGGGGCUCCAUGGACCUUAACCUGGAGGAAGCGGCUGGAAACCCGGGAUUGUGCAGUCGAUUGCAGCCCGUCACUGAAGAACUGUACAGCUAUGUGAGCCCGGAGCUGCCCCUUCCUCCAGGCAGCCUGCUUCUCCAUGGACCUAAAGAGCUCAGUCCUGAGCCUUCAAGCGACUCCAUGACCUCCUCCGAUGCUGGGGAGUUCUACUCGCCUCCGCCUCAUCAAUUGUACCAACCCCAAGACUGUUCUGCUGCUCAAUCCAUCCCACAAACUUCUUACUACAAAACAGAUGGAGGGAGCAAUGUCAGCGACGGACACCCACCCAGUCAACCGAUGUUUCUAUUUGUUCCACCCUCUGAAGCGUCCGCUGUUCCAUCUUCACACAUCAGUGCUCUGCACAGUACCUGGGCUCGUCAACCAUCUCUUCCACUGGACAUCACAUACCACGAGCCUGCCUUGUCCCAUCAGGGAGCUACCUUGGUGCAGGUCCCCAUCUCUCAGUCUACAAAUGCCAUGUCUAUGGUUUCCUGCAGCACCCCAACAGCCGCCUCUGCUUCUCAACAGUAUGGAGUUUACUACGUCCAAGCACUCCCUACGCAGGCUGCUGUUCCGCAACAGGGCUCUCUGGUGCUGACAUCCCAACCGGGUGUCUCGCUACCCCAACAGCCUCCCAGCAGUGUAGUUCAGAGCGGCUCUCAGACGCAGGUCCAGCCCGGCCCCCAGCCCACACAGACAUCGCAUAGCACCUCUCAGACUUUGACAACCGAGCUGUCACAACUCCAAACUCCUGCUGUGGAGAGCUGUCAUUCUGAUGUGGCAUCUGGGCUCAGUGAUGGCAAUGAAGGCGUAACGGGUGGCAGGCAUGAGGGUCGUUCUGCCAAACGUCACCAGCGCAGAUCAGUUCGCAGCCGUUCACGCCAUGAAAAGACCUCUAAGGCCAAGCUCAAUGUACUUAAUAUCUCCAGCAUGGGCGAUAGAGUUGCAGAGUGUCAAUUAGAAACGCACAACAGGAAAAUGGUGACUUUCAAGUUUGAUCUUGAUGGUGAUAACCCAGAGGAAAUUGCACAGAUAAUGGUACAAAGUGAGUUCAUUCUAGAGACUGAGCGUGAGUCCUUCAUUGAUCAGAUCCGAGAGGUCAUAGAAACAGCCGAUGAGAAAGGUGUUGAGAGGGAGCGCAGCCAGAUGGUCAGUGAUCACGAGCAGCAUAAGCCCACCACAUCAGUGCCACAAGGUGUGGCGCCUAGUUCAGCCGCCCAGGUGGUGCACUCCGCAGGCCGCAGGUUUAUCGUCAGUCCAGUGCCUGAAUCUAGACUGAAGGAUCAGUUCUUUAGUGCACCCCCACCCACAAUCCCUCUUCGGGAAGAACCUUUAUCCUCUGUGUCAGUUGCAGUGCCUGUCUUGGGGCUUUCUGUGUCUGCGUCUGCAGUCAGUCUGCAGCAGGCAUUCUCUGAGAUGCGGCAAGGCCGGUUCGACCCGGGUCCCAGCACUGCGCCACCAAUGCUCCAUGUCUCCAUGCCCCCUCUGGUUCCUGCCGCAACACCCUUGCCCUCUAGCACCGCCCCUGUUGUCCCUCCCCCAGUUUCUUCUGAAGUGACCGCUUCACCAUCUCUACCCUCUGUCUCCUUAAACCCUCCAGGGUCAUCGUCUCCUCCUCCUACCCUUCCCACCUCUGCAGUCACUUCCCCUCCAUCCCAUUCACAAAUCCCCCUGCCUCAAAGUCAGGUUGUACCUGCCAUCAUCAGUGUUAUUUCCACCCCUUCCUCUCUGCCAAUGCCACCUGUGCCUGCCGCCACACCAUUCCCCCAGACCUCAGUCUCUAUGCCUGUACCUGCUAGCACUGCUGCCCCACUCACUCACCCUGCGGCUCCUAUGGGAUGUGGUAGUGGCGAACAGCCAUCCAUCCCCUCGACUUCAGCUCAGCUCACACCAGCCGCCAUCCCAACGCCGCAGCUCGCACCGUCCACCAUCCCCGACACUGUUACUCCCAUCUCUGGAGCUCUGACACCCGUGCACAGCCAGCCUCAGACCUCCACUGUGGCCAAUCAGAGUCACGCACAAUGUGUGGAAUGUGACAGUGACCCGCAGGGAAAAGGCGUCGAUGACAUCCAGGCUUUGGAUAAGAAGCUGCGGUCACUCUUCAUGGACCUGGGCUCUGGUCUGCCCUCUGCCCAAUCUGAUGUCACAUCUGACCCCAUGGCUGCCCCAAGUGUUCCUGGCACCUCCUCUCCAACUGCCUGCUCCACCCCAAGUGGCACCCCUCUCCCUCCCUCUAGUUUACCCCUCAACUCCUCCGGUCAGCCCACGGGCUCUCCAAUGACCUCCAUGGGCAAUGGCUCCACCCCAGUCGGCUACAGUCAGACGACUCCAUCCAAAGCGCCGCUAUCAAGACUACCGGUGUUGCCUGUCGGCCCAGAUCAGGCUGGCACGCCGCCCACAGAGCACCUACCACCCUUCCCAGGACCUUGUUUAACUCAGUCCCAGCAGCCCCUGGAGGAUCUAGAUGCCCAGCUGAGACGGGCACUGAGUCCAGAGACCGUCCCAAUCAGCAAUGUCACGCACCAGUCAUCUCUUACUGGGAUGCCAGCUGGAGGACAGCCAGUUCCGUUUUCUCUGGAUGAUGAGCAAGCAGCUGCACCUACAGUAGGAGGUUACAAACUGGGACGAUUCCAGGUGUCAGUGACUCCUGAUGAGAACGCCUCGCAAGCUCACACAGGCUCCUUUGACUCAUCCUCCACGUCGUCUUCCUCCACCACCUCCUCCUCUUCAUCUUCAUCCUCCCCUCUCUCUAGCCCCGAAAACACACUGCACCGUACCUCCUCUCCCCUCAGAGACACGAGAACAGAUGUUGUCGACGGCCUCCCUGCUCUUCCCAACCGGAUGGCAACCCACCCUCAGCCCACCACCAUUGGCCGUUUCCAGGUCACCACCAAAACGGACACAAAGGUGGGGCGUUUCUCAGUGAGCAGCGCACAGGACGAGGCCCUAGCAGCUAGCUUACAACCCCCAGAACCCCAGCCAGCACCUCAAGCCCAUCCAGCCGUGGGCAACGGUCCAGCCCAGAGUCCCGGGAGCCUCAACAACUCUGUCAGCUCCUACUUCAGCAGCGACAAUGACUCUGAGUUUGAAGAUGAUGAUUUUAAGAGAGAAGUCAGCAAGCUGAGGGAGAAGCACAUGAUAGAGAGUCAGGCCCUGUACACUCGGCAGAAGGCAGAGAUUGAUUCCCUUUUUGCCCGAUUGGGCAAAGUUCCACCCGCCAUGGUCAACCCACCCUUGGUGAACCCAGCUGGCCGUAGACGGCGUCCCACCAAGAGCAAAAGCAGCAAAUCCAGCCGCGGUAGCUCCCAGGGCAGCAAGAGUCCUGUACAGCCAGCAACCAGCACUUUAUCAGCGCAGAGUGCUCCCUCCGUGUACCCUCCCCAUCAGGCCUUCCUGGGCCCUGGGGGGAUGAUAGAUGGGGGGAGUAGCCCUCUGCUCCAAUCCUACAAGCCCUCCCCCUCUAAUGAGAACCUGUGCUCCGUGUACACCAGUGACGCCACGCUCUCUGCGCCCAGUCUGUGUGUCACCUCGCAAGGCUGUGUAAAGUUCAGCUGUGGGUCGGAGAGAGUGACCUUCAAACCAGGUGGCAGGAGGACGCGUUUUCUGAGUACGCCCUGCUUGGCUCUUUGGAAGAUGGUGAAAAAAGUGUGCCCCUGCAACCAACUCUGUAGGACGAGCAGCACCAACACGGUGGUGGGAACUGGUCAGAAUCAAAACCAACCGCCCGUCUCUCAGUCCCAGAGCUGCAAGGGCAUGUUCACAGACGAGCUGCACAAAUUGGUGGACAACUGGGCCAGGGAUGCUAUGAACCUGUCGCAGGGCAAGAGAGGCUCCAAGCACCAACAACAAGUGUCGCCUCAGGGUCACAGCUACGACAUGGUCCCCCCUGCAAACAUGGGCCGUAAGUACUCGGCUCCGGGCCAGCUGUGCCCAAGCAUCGCUUCAACUUUGAGUGGCCACUCGGCCAUGCCCAACACUCCCGCUACCUCUCUGGGGACCCGGAAGGGCUCCUUGUGUCCCACGCCACAGUACACCUACCCCUCCGCUCCUUACAGCGCCCAGUGGGCUGGCUCUGCCACGCACACCCAGGCGGGUCUGCUGGCCACCUCACAACCCCUGGGCCAAUAUCCCCAGGUGCCCGCUCCUUUACAGACCUUCCACAUUAGCACUUUGCAGAAGUCAGUCAGCCACCCGGGUGGACCCAACCUGAAGACCACGUAGGGCAGGGCCUAGCCGCGCCAGGCCUAAAUAACUCUCGAGUUGGAGGUGGGGGCAGUCAGAGGCGAGGGGGGCGGACUGAAAGUUGACUAAAGCAAGUAUUUGAUUGCAUUGCAGAGAUUCUGUCAUAAGAGUUUCCUUUGUGUAAUUGAAAAGGAUAGACACCAGAAUCGUCCUGCAUGCUCACCGAUACGCCACAGGGAUGAUGCACAACGACCCAAGGGAUAUGAGAAGACGAAAAUAAAACAAUGGACACUUUGAAUACAAUGUUACGUGGCCAAAGAAGGUGUGACCAUUUUUAUCGUUAAGGUGUGUACAUCCUUCACCACCCAGCCCCAAACAUUUGUUAAGGGGCUUGACUUGUGUUUAGAGGUUUGCUGACCUAAGAUGAAAUGAAUGCCACCUCCACCCAUGCCAGAAUCCAGCUAUCUGUAUAUCCUCUUGAUAAAUUCAUACAUCAAGCAUAUCACAAAACAGAGCUCGGGUGGGUGCUGGUGAGCGAACCUAGUGUCCUUGUUCCCCUCUUGCCCUAAACCCUCUGCUGCAAUGCCAUGGAAUAAUGCAAUAAUUACAAUGGUAGAAAAAAGCCCAUUUUAAAACACAGGAAGUGGCCUUCAUUAGAAAAAAAAAGAAAAAAAUGUACAGAUAUCCUUUGUUUUUAAAUUGGGUUAUUAGGGUUUUGAUUCCAUUUGCUUGCUUGGUCAGUUGGGUUUUUUUUUUUUCCCUAUGCCCUUCAAGCCGGCCUUGUGUAGCAGAAUGUUAGGGACUUUUUUUUGUCACAUGUUCAGAGGCCUUUCAUCUGCCCCCAAGGUUUGUACUACCAAGCUCCUACAGCUCCCAGCAUGCUUUGCAGCACAUUCACACACUUACAAUCCUCUUACGGUUUUCUCAUUGGGCCACACCACAAGGUGACGUGUAAUAUAUUGGAUACAAUCAGUUGGAUUGGGGUUUGGAUACGAAACUAGGGGUUGCGGGACGGUGAAAUAACACACGUUCUGCCAUGGAGGCCCGUGAAGCUUUAAAUCUAUGACUAAUGUAACAGCUUUUUCUAAUCAUGGCAGCAUUAGGGGCCUCUUACGAUAGUUUGAUCGAGACAUUCAAAUAAGAAGUCGUGUUCUGUAUGGACCUGUAUUUACUCAUCAGUUUUUGAUGUUAAAACACUGUGAUUAUUAUAAAUGUUGUUGGACAACAUUAGCUAAAAAGAAAAGUAGACAAAAAAAACAUGAAAUUUUGGAGGGUUUUGGAUAUUAGCAUUCAUGAGAUGUAAGGCUAGCUAUUUAAUUUUUCACAUCUUAUUGGAGACACUUUAACCCUUUUCCCCUUUCUACUUUCUUUAUAUUAUUAGAUAAAUGUGAAUGUAAAAUGGAUUCAAUUAAUGUACUUGAAGAAACAAAUCUUUCCCUUUUUCCCUAUGCCCAGUGAGCUUUCUGAAGAUUCUAGUGCCUUCCGUUAUUUUUUUUAUUUAUUUUUUUUGCUUCAGGGUUUGAUAGAUAAGGCAGCGGAGAGUCUCAAGCAUUGCGCUUGGUUGGAGUGCUGGUCUUUGGACUUCACAGAGGGUGAAUAUUAAUAUAUUGCGUAAACGAGGUGUCGUUUUGAAUUGGCUACGUCUGAACCCAUUUGUUGGCACAGUCCUAGCCUUUAGGCAGAGUUGCAAAAAGCUUCUUAUAGAAAGUGUACAAAUACAUGAUCCAGCCAUUAUAUCACAUUCAAAGGCUGUGAAAGUACUUGAGGGUUGAGUUUUUUAGAAACUUUGAUCGGUCUAAGUAUGCAAACGUAAGUGUGCCUAUCAUCAUUGCACCCUACCUAGCAUAACCACGUGUCUUUAUUUUACAGAUGGAUUCUCAUGAGCAGCUCUUGUGAAGGUGAGGGAUCGGCUCAGAUAGAAACGCAGGAUGAGGGAAGUUAGUAGGCAUGGGACAGUAUGUUGUAAGUAUUUCAGAACCUCCAAUAGCUUAGAUGUUUUUGCAGAACUGCUUAACUGGUUUUGACACCAUCCAGUGUCAAACCCUCUCCGGUGAGUGUAGACAGGCACGUUUUACUCAUUUAGCAACAGAUGUGACAGCAAGUGUAACUUCACGAGUGAGAAAAGGACCAGAAAGAUGAGAAAAGACAGUUAGCAACCCUCACCGACACAAGAGCCAAAGCAGCACUGUUGAAGAGUAAUUCUCGCUGAUUUCUCAUCAAACCUCUUCUUUUUAACUCGCACUGCCCAUAUAAGUUCUCAUGUCACUGUACUCAUGGCAACGGUCUUCGGUUUUAUGGCAGAUCAGUAGCUUAUUUUGGGGGAUCUCUCUCUCUCUCUUUGUAGCAGUCGGUCAAAUCACUCUUGUAAAUGCUUUGGUUUAUUCUAAAUACUAUUAACUGCAUUAGACCUGCAACGUCAGACUACUUUUUAGUUUCACGUUUUGCACGUUCGACUGUGCAGAUGAAAAGAGAACAGUCCUGAUUCACCAGAAACAAGAGCAUUUUAUUUGGGGUACAAAGCAUAGUGGAGAUGCUCUCAUCACCUUAACUACUGAAAGGACUUAGAUUACAACUGGUUACAUACUGCUUAAUGUGCUUUCUGUGAAACGUGUGGCACAGGAACGUAACUUUAGGUCAACUGUACAGUGUAGAUUCUCAACUGGCUCUCUAUAUUUAAAAUACGAUUGUUUUACCUUUUGCUUUGUACACAACGCUUUACCUGUAGACAGCUCGUUUUUACCCACUUUACGUCGUUCGGUUCGUUCAAACUGUGAACACAUCAAAAGGUCUUUAACAAAGAGGUCCCACCUGCUCAGUGUUCAGACUAAUGAAAUCUGUAAUACUACCUUCUGAGUG